AUGUUGAUCGACACGGGCGCGGAGAUCACAUUCAUCACUGCUUCUCUCGUGCAGCAACUCAAGCUUCACCGGGAAGCAUCGGUAAUACCGAUCAUCGGGAUCGGCGGGACGCAUUCGGGCCACACGCGCGGGGUGGUUAGCGUAAAGCUUCGGUCUAUGCACUCAUCGGACAUUGUCUCAAUAAAAGCUCACAUUUUGUCAAAGUUAAUGCCUACUCUCCCUUCAUUUACACCUCCUAACAUCUCACUUUCUCAUCUGCAAGGUCUUCCACUUGCAGACCCGGAAUUUCUCUCACCAGGGUCCAUCGAUUUAAUUCUCGGGGCUGACAUCUAUGGGCAACUCAUUCGGGAGCAGAUCAAGCGGGGGCCUCACGGCACACCGAUUGCACAGAAUACGGUUUUCGGGUGGAUCGUUCUCGGUCCUAUGGACUCUUCUCAACAGUCAGCCGGGUUGGUUCAUCACGCUGCAGUGGAUCACGGGUAUCAGGAGCUUCAGGAUCUCCUCACACAGUUUUGGGUACAGGAAGAAGUCUCGGGCUCGGGCGAAUCGCACCUCACUCCUGAUGAGCAGGAAUGUGAGACUCAUUUCUUGACGACACACAAACGGGACUCAGACGGGCGGUACGUCGUCAGAUUGCCGGUUCAAUCCGCAUCGGGGACAUUGGGCGGGUCUUUUCACACAGCUUCUUCUUGUCUCCAUCGACUACAAUGCAAACUCAAUCGGGAUUCAAGCUACAAGGGCCUCUACAACACGUUUCUCGGGGAAUAUGAAUCAUUGGGGCACAUGACUCGAGUUGCGGGCAACCACGCCCCUCUCGGGCCUAUUUACUACUUGCCACACCACGGGGUGCUCACCACAAAGUUACGUGUUGUAUUCAACGGGUCGUGUAAUACAGAUUCGGGAAUUUCGCUUAACGACAUUCUGCACACGGGCGCGAAACUGCAGCGGGAUAUUUCGGACGUUCUCUUGUGGGUCAGACGACACCGUUUCGUCUUCGCGACCGACAUCGUUAAGAUGUUCCGGCAAAUUCGGGUUCACGAAAGUGAUUGGGACUUACAACGCAUUUUAUGGGUGGACGAGGGCGGGCGGGUCGUUCCAUUCCAUCUCACCACGGUCACUUACGGUACUCGGUCAGCACCAUUCCUCGCGGGACGGGCCCUGGAUCAACUGGUUACAGACGAGGGCGGGAAAUAUCCCGAAGCUGUCGCCCCUCUUACAAAGGGGCGAUAUGUGGACGAUAUUUACGGCGGUGCUGACCAGCUCGCAGAUCUCAUCACGCAAGCGGAGCAACUCAUCGGGAUUUGUACAGCGGGCUGCUUUCCUCUGGCCAAGUGGCAGAGCAAUCAUCCGGAGCUUCUCACGGCGGUCGGAGCGACCUCAUCAACGGAAAACGCUCGGGUAUUUGAAGAAUGGGAGACAAAAGUCCUUGGUCUCGCAUGGCUUCCUCACACGGACGUGUUCAAAUUCACGGUUCACAAGUACACAGCCGGGGACGGAAUCACGAAACGCAUCAUUCUCUCGGAGAUCGCACAAUUAUACGAUCCAUUGGGUUUUCUCUCACCGGUAACGAUUCGGGCCAAAGUUCUCUUACAAAGGCUUUGGUUAGAAAAGUUAAAUUGGGAUGACCUUGUGUCAACGGAAGUUCGCAACUCUUGGGUCGCGUUUCGGCAGGAACUAUCGCAUCUCGGGACGGUUUCGGUACCGCGGUGGCUCAACAUCGCGACGGGUACAUCGGUCGAACUACACGGGUUUUCGGAUGCAUCUCAACUAGCAAUGGGCGCAGCUGUGUACGUUCGGGUUUCGGGCGCGGGUAAUCAAACAACGGUCUCACUAGUCUGCGCUAAGUCUAAGGUCGCACCGAUCAAACGGCUCACAAUUCCUCGGUUGGAGCUCGCAGCAGCGGUGCUGCUUGCUAAACUCACACACCACGUGCAAAACGUGCUGGGCCUUGAUGACUCACGGGUAUACCUAUGGACGGACUCAAUGGUAACGCUCACUUGGGUCACUUCUCAUCCUUCACGGUGGAAGGAUUUUGUUCGGAAUCGGGUAUCACUGGCACAGGAGCUCGUGCCACGGGCCCAAUGA